AGUGGCUUAUACUGAACAAUGGUUAACAUGUGCUGUCACCAAUCUCAACUAAAAUAUAUUCACACCCCUAAUCCAAGACAGUCGAGGAAACGGCAUAAUAAAAGAAAAAGGAAUUGUUGGGAUACACUAUCUCCGACAACACAUCGCCAGACUUGAUUAAAGGAAACAUUUGAAAGGUCCAGUGUGUACCGCCGUGUGGAAGAGUAUCUGUGCGUUGCGACUGAGUGCUGAGAUGACUGCGGAGUGGCUGCACCUGCCCCCACCAUACCCCCCCGGAGUGGGGCCCUUGUGUGGUGCAGAGUUGGAGGCGUGGUAUGAAGACCUGCAGGAUAUCCUUGGCUCUGACGCAGGUGGGGCCAAACAUGCUCGACCCCCACCUUGCUCUGAGAAGGAGCCUGAGUUUCUGGACGUGCUGGAGAGCUGUUCGCUGACGUGGCUUACGGACGGGCAGACGUGGGGCGAGGGCGUGCAGCGGGUGAUGGAGGAGUCCUCUCCUCCGAUGCCCGCCCAGGCCCCUGUGCCCUGCCUCAGCCCCCCGCCGCCACAGCAGGAUGAGGACAGGAGAGGGUCGGGAGAGGGGCAGGGCCAGGGAUCUGGUUCCGGCACCGGGUCGGGCUCGGGCUCGGGCUCGGGCGGCAGUGGUGGAGGUAGCGGAGACCUGCUGCCGCCCGAGUUCUUCGAGCUGCUGAGCGAAGGCGGGGUGGGCCUGGUGGAGACGGCGGGCACGGUGAUGGUGAGUGGAGUGGGCAUGGGCGUUGGCAUGGGCUACCACCACCAACACACCCACACUCACCACCACCAGCACCAGCAGCAGCAGCAACAACAGCUGCCGCCUCGCCGCCAGUCCGCCUCGCCAGCCCGCAGUGAGGAGGAGCCACCCACCGUGCCUUGCUCCCCUUCCUACUGCUCCUCUUCCUCCUCGUCCUCCUCCUCCUCAUCUUCCUCAUGUGCCUCCCAGUCCCCGGCCCGCCUCGGCCAGUCUCCUCCUUCCUCCCCGCCGUCACCCCCCGCGCCCCCACCUCCGCCCGUCUCCUGUGCCACGGCAGCUCUCCUCACCUCCUCAUCCUCUUCCUCCUCCUCGUCCUCCUCAACGACGCGGCCGGGUAAACGCAAGCGUCCGGCGUCGCCGGGAUCGUCCUGCUCCUCGUCCGCCAAGAAGAGCCGUCGCGAGCGCGAGCAAGAGAACGAGCGCAGGGUCCAGGAGCUGACCGACCAGAACGAGAGGCUCAAGGCGGAGAUCGAGAGGCUCGGAGAGGAGGUCCAGCGCACACGCCGCGCCCUUAUAGAGAGGCUCGUCAACACCCGAAAGUGAGGGACAGGGGCACAGGGACCAGGAGAGAAUGUAGGAAUGAGAGAAACAGAGAGAGAGAGAGAGAGACUGAAAGAGAGAGAGUGAAGAAAGCGUGAAGAAAGAGUGUAAUGCGGUUUUAUAGCUUGGAAAGUGUUGGGUUCAGGAGAAGUCGUGACCUCAACAGUGAAGGUUGAUCAGGUGACAGUGCUAUGCAUAUUUCAGAGAGCAGAAAGAAAGGUAUCCAAGAUAUGUUGGAAAAGGAGGAAUAGAAGUGCUAACGAUUCAAAAGCGCCUCCUUUAGCAUGUACGUGAAAGAGUAGGGUUGAUGAGAAAGUAAAGCCGGGUUGAAGCCAAGGAAGAUGCACCCCCAUUCCAAGUUCAUUAGCUGGGCAAGAAUAUCCCGAAUAGCCCGCUGUCUUAAAGUGUUCCUUUACGAUUUUGCGUUAAGUGUUCCUGAUUCUCCUCAGUAGCAUAACGGAGCAUAAGAGAUUAAAUACGUGGGGUGGUGUGUGGAGAGGUGGUGAGAAGACAUUGCAUUGUAGUUCUACAGGCAGGUCAUACGAUCGUUCGAACGUAAGGUUUUAUCUUAUCGUAGUUAACGUCGUAGCCCACCGAACACAACGAAGUGAAAGUAGCGAGUGUCCAAAGAGUUAACGAGUUUUAUCGAACGAGAGUGUGCGUUUCAUUGUUACCGUUCUUCCGGAACUGUCCACUUUCAACGUUUUAGUUUGAUAUUAAGGGCUAAAUUUGUAAUAUACCUACUUCACACAGAGAUUAGGAGCUCAGGAAAGGUAUCCCAAGUGUAUGUAUGUGUGCGAUUGUAUGGUGGGGGACUUUUUUAAAGCGCUUUUGAUUGUAUAGCUUAAGCUUUUUUUAGUGAUCUUCUACAGAAACAUGCAGUAGGGAACCUGUGCAGGUUGUAGUCUACACACACCCUUUUUUCUGUAUGGGUCAGGUCAAGGCAGCAAUCUUUGCAAUAUACGGUUUUACCCUGAUCUAUUAGCUAUUUUUGUAUUGCCUACUUGUCAUUAUCCCAAAUAUCCACGCCUCAAAUGUAUAUUAUCCAUACACGUUUUUCAUAGAAACUGUAAGUUGUAGCUGAAAGCUCGCAUGCAUAUUUGCUGAAACUAUAAUUAAGACCUGUUAGUCGCAUUGUAUUUGUUUUUAAUUCACACGGUUGUAUGCUGUAACCCUCAUUUAUUCAUUAAAAAAAAAGAAUCAAGAAA